AUGACUUCGAGUAAGUCCUCUCGCUUUUCUACUCUACCCUCUUCUUUCUCCCUGUCCACCCUCCGAUCCUCCUCGCCCUCCUCUGUAUCGUCGUCGGAAGAAAACGACAAGAGACAGCAUGUCGACGCCGCCACCACCGCCUCAUCCGGUCACCGAGCAAGGUCUAGGCUCCGUCGGGACAAGUCGAGUCUUGGCCGCCUAGCCAUGUUCAACCAGGGUCACGUCGUACCCAUAGACACGUCCCUGGACGAAAAGAGGCGGCGCCAAGACGAAGACGGCCACGACUCCGUCCCUCCCCUUCCCACCUCGCCCAUCACAACCAACAACACCGACACUGCCACGACCACCGCCAACGCAGCCACCAACACCACCGCCACCACCACACCUCGCAAACCCCGCGCAUGGGGUAACCGCAUCUCUACCUUUCUCCCCUCGCUCAUGACAAGGGAUAUAGAAGCUCCAAACUCUCGACCCGGCUCAGCCGGCGGAAAGCAGAGGCCGCCGCCGCCACCCGAGAUCGCACCCGCAUCCCCGCCUCCGUACCGAUUCCACGACUACGAUUCUACCGGCGGCAGCCUCGUCCCCCCCCCGCCGGACGAGAAUCCGACCAUCAUAGCCCGGCCUCCCUCGGCCUCCUCCUCGGGCUCCAACCGCUACCAGCCCCACGCCAUCACCACCUCCGUCGCCUCCCCGGCCCAAUCCCGGCCCUCCCCGCCGUUUGAGGCCAUGCCUCCUCCGCCACCGCCUCCCGCCGAUGCUCCCCCCCCUACUCCGACGGCAGCCCAGCAGCAGCAGCAGCAGCAGCAGAAGCAGGAAGAGCAGGACCAGAAGCAGGAAGAGCAGGAGCAGGAGCAGAAGCAGAAGCAGGAGCAGGAGCGGGAAUCGUCACCAUUGAAGGUGAAGAAGCGUACCACCCUCACCAAGAAGCAGGACCCGCCCCCGCAGAGGGACUCGGCCUCGACCCUGGCCUCAUCCGCGCGCGCCUCCGUUACCGGCAGCGUCAGGGACGAGUCCAGCCCCCACCAGAAGCUGCAGAAGGAGAACCGCGACCCGCAGUUCUCGCCCGUCAUGACCGCCGAGAGGGGUCGCCAGGCCUCCCUCACCCCCUCGCUGACGGCGCAGUCGCCCAAGAGCUCGGUCAACCGCGUCUCAUCGCUGCCCCUGAGCCCCCCCCAGAUCGUCACCUCGCCCUCCGAGGCGGUCGGCCAGAGCCCCUCGCGCGGCCGUCUCCGCCGCAGCUUCAUGCCCGGCUUGAGGUCGAGGUCUGCCUCUGGCGACGCCGCCUCGUCCGCCAACAAGCAGACGGCCUGGGUCGUGUCCGACGGGUCAAAGGCUGACUACAACCCGGCGUUUUUGAAGAAUGGUGAAAAGGUCCCAGAGCUGUGGAACGAGAGCGGCAACGUCCUCGUCUACCUGUACCCCAGGGGCAGCGGCUGCGGCCCGUCCUUCAAGGUCAUGGAGUUCACCGUCAACUCGUCCUACAUCUUCAACGCCCUCCUCCAGGGAAACGAGGCGUCGCCGAUCGAGGGCGGCCGGACGACCAGCUUCAGCGACCGCAGCCUCAACGUCGACGACAGCCGGUCGCAGACCCUGUCGCCCACGCUGUCCGAGCCGUCGGGCGACAUGAAGCUCUACCUGCCCAUCGCACCCCCCUCGGCCGACGGCGGCCAGCUGCUGGCGCCGGGCGAGACGACCGAUUCGGACCUGGAGCGUCUGAUCGCCAUCAGGAACAUGUUUGCCUUCCUGACGGGCCAGCCGCUCGUGGCCACGCAGGCCCGACCGACGACGUUCCACGCCUUCCUGCAGAUCGCCUCGCUCCUGGAGGAGUUUGGCUUCACGAGCGAGGACGGCACGACGUUCGGCCCGGCCGUGGACAUGAGCUUCGACUUCUACGUCGAGCAGCUCGAGCUGGCCGACUGCCGGCACAGCCGGGAGAAGACGGUCGAGGCGCUCAUCCUGGGCGAGCGCAUGCGUAGCGUGGACCUGUACAACGAGGCGUUCGCGCACGCGGCGGGCAAGUACUCGGCCAUCAUGGACCUGAAGCUCCCGCUCUUCAACGAGGUGUGCGCGCAGACGCGGCAGCAGCUCGAGAAGGCGCACUUCGACCUGGUGAACCGGCAGCACGACGUGAGCCAGAGCCUGGAGCACUUCGAGUUCCCGUCGCUGUUCGCCGGCACGGCCAGCUCGUCGGACCCGGACCUCAAGUACGUGCGGUUCAAGGUGUGGAGGAACUCGUUCGCCAAGAUGCGGUCGAUGGUGCUGAGCCACUACAAGUCGGUCUUCGGCAGCUGGCCGCCCAAGGCGAGCAGCAGCAAGAACCCGUUCGCCGAGAGCGGGCUGAACCGGCUGGUGCUCAGGACGCUCUACUCGGACAUGUGCGCCGUGUACGACCUGCUGGUGGACCGGACCAACAGGACGACGCGGUCCAUCGACGAGGCGCCGCCCAUCUCCAAGAACCUGGCCAACCUGUCGGUGUCGGUGCUGCGGCGCAUCCUGUCCGAGUCGGACCGGUCGAAGCCGCCGGUGCUGCCGCCGAUCCCCUACGACACGCCGCGGCAGCCGUCCAUGUCGUCGGUGCUGCCGACGUACGGCGCGCUGUCGGCCAAGGAGCAGAUCAAGUUUGACAAGUCCAUCAAGGAGAGCGACCUGCUCGUGAUCCUGAACAAGUCGUACAACGCCGACACGAGCCGCGUCAAGACGGCCUUCCUCGACCGCUUCACCGAGUUCGAGCGCCGCGAGGCCAAGGGCAAGAUGGCCCCCGACCUGGUCGACCAGCGCAUCGGCUACUGGCUGUUCAUCUACGUGGUGCUCCAGUCGCUGCCCACGCUCGUCGUUGACGCCCCCGGGCUCAAGUUCACCCAGGGGAGCGAGUACUUCCUCUGCGAGCCGCCCAUGGGCAGCCCGCCGUGGUGCGAGGACCAGCAGGUCAAGAAGAUGUGGUACGAGGUGGCCGGUGGCGGCGGCCUGGUCGAGCUCUCGACCGACACCAUCCUCUUCAGCAUAGAGGCCACCUACCACCGCAGCCACUGCUGGCUCGCGGCCAAGAAGUGGGACGGCGGCCCGGACCUGGAGGCCGAGGACGACGCGGGCAUGUACCAGGACUCGGCCCUGGGUCCCCUCCAGCCCCCCCCCGCACUUCAGGCGGACGACGACUUCGUCGGCGGCUCCGCCCCGUCGCGCGGCACAUCCCCAACGCCGACGCCGACGCCUCCCCCGGCCGGCAGCGCGGGAUCGCCCCCGGUUACGCUGAGGCCGCGCAACCUCUCCCCCGCCGGCGCGGGGUCCCGCCAGAGCCGGCUGUCGCACGCCUACCGCUCCAGCAUGGCCAUGGGCCUAGAGCCCCUCCCGAUGGAGCCGCCCACCCUGCCGUUCGGCAGCCACAACCGGAGCAGCUCUCUCGGCCCCCGGCCGGUGAGCAGCCUCAUGGGCGCCAGGAGCAGGUCCGUCGGCAACCUGGCCGGUCUGAGCGCCCAGCACGCCGGUGGCCAGACCUCCAGGACGGACUCGCCUACCGGUCCCAACACGGGUGCUACGUUUGAUGAUAUCCUCGGUGAGACGGAUGCCAAGAAGAAGAAGAAGGAGAAGAAGAAGGGUUUCUUCUUCGGCUGA